AGCUUCCUCCUAUAUAUAUGUAAACCUCAGCACUUUCCCACAAAACCAUCCCACUCGUUUUUGUAUUCCUGUAUUCUUCAGUCUCAAUCUUUCUCUGCACUAAUUCUCUCACUCGUUCACUGUUCUUGAUAUCAUGGCCAUUGAUAUGGGGAAUGUCAUAUAUGAAGAGGAGUAUAUCUUCAACUCUAGAGGAAUGAAGCUUUUCACAUGCAAAUGGCUCCCAGAAAACAACAAGCCCCCGAAAGCCUUGAUCUUGAUCUGUCAUGGAUAUGGCAUGGAGUGCAGCAUCACCAUGAACAGUACUGCAAUCAGACUAGCCAAAGCAGGGUUUGCCAUAUAUGGGAUAGACUAUGAAGGCCAUGGAAAAUCAGCAGGCCUUGCAGGCUUUGUCAAAAGCUUCGAUGCUGUUGUCGAUGACUGCACCUCUCACUUCACAAACAUUUGCGAGAGCAAAGAGAACAAAGGGAAGACGAGGUAUCUGUUGGGAGAGUCAAUGGGAGGAGCUGUGGCUCUGCUUGUUCAUAGGAAAAAGCCAGAAUAUUGGGAUGGUGCGGUCUUAGUUGCCCCCAUGUGUAAGAUUUCAGAUGAAAUGAAGCCAUCUCCAGUUGUGGUCAGUGUUUUGACUCAGCUCUGCAGGGUUAUUCCAACCUGGAAAAUAAUCCCUACAAAUGAUGUCAUUGAUUUUGCUUUCAAAGUACCCGAGGUUAGAAAACAGGUUAGGGAAAACCCCUACUGUUACAAAGGCAGGCCUCGUCUGCAGACCGGCACUGAACUCUUGAGGGUCAGCACGGAACUUGAGCAAAGGCUUCAAGAGGUCACAUUGCCGUUCCUAAUCCUCCACGGCGAAGAGGAUAAAGUAACUGACAAAUCGGCUAGUAAACAGCUAUAUGAAGUGGCGUCGAGUUAUGAUAAGACAUUGAAGUUGUAUCCAGAGAUGUGGCAUGGUCUGCUCUAUGGAGAGCCACUGGAGAACAUUGAGGUUGUGUUUUCAGACAUGAUCAAUUGGUUAGACAAGAGAUGUUCCAUGGCAAAUUCAAGGUUAGAAGGAGAGUUGAAGAUGGAGAAUGACAAAGAAGUUUAUAGUAGAUAAAAACAGAGCAAGUAACUUGCAGAUGAUAUAUUUGUUUAUUGGAUUUAUUUUUCUGUUUCCUUGUAUUGCUGGGAAUUACAUGUAAAAAGGUUUUAUAGAGAAAUUUCAAUUACCAUUCUGUAAAACUAU